UUGGUGGUGAUUGGAUGUGUUUUUCUUAUUUUGUGCACAUGAAUUUUUUCCCCUUUUCUCUGUCCAAAGUUGAAUUUCACCAGCAAAAACACUUGCAAAACAACUGUGUCAGUGGGAAAAUGUGUAGUGCUGUGAGUUAGUGAUAAGACAGUAUCAUCAGAGACGCUUACGAGGCGGAGGAAAGGCCAUGAAAAUGACGGAGAGGAAAUUCACCAAAGGACUCCAUAAGCCGGGAAUGGCACUCAAGCUUCGCGAGACUGUUUGCCAAGUUGUUCGCGAAAGUUCAGUCUUGAACAAACCCGUGCUUGUGGAGCCGAUCGACUUUGAGAGCUUCAUGGUGAAGAAUAAGACAUUAAUUCAGAAUGAUCCACAGCGUGAACUGCUCCUCUAUCCAAAUGACGAUGUGUCGGAAAUUAUCCAAGCACGAAAUUAUCGAACUGUGACGAGUGGAAUUCCAGAAGUGAUAAAUCACGAGAAUGGCUCAAUUGAGGCAUCUCCGUCGUGCCACCAAUCGCCAAAGACUGAGAAUGUCAAUGGGAAUUCGUCGAGGAAUGAGGCAGUUUGUCAACCACCGCUGCUCACGAGGCAGUCUAUUCGCACCUACAAGUCGGACAAUAGGCUCAUUCAGUACAAAUACGGCAGCUACGGUGGCUUAUCGCAAGACUUGCCAAGACAAAUAUCCGUGGCGGAUGAAUUCAAAGAGGAAGUGUACGAGGUCGAUGCCGAUUUGGAUAGAAUUGACGAACAGAUGACACGUUCCCAGGCAGAUACGAUAACAAAACAGGGAUAUUUACUGAAAGGACCAGACACGACGUCUGAUCGGAUGUUUGCGCACAUCGGAGCGAAAUCCUUCAAGAAGAGAUAUUGCUAUUUGCGUCAGGAAGUCGAUGGCACUUACAUUCUUGAGGUGCACAAAGAUGAGCGUCAGGGUGAGGCGAAAACGACAAUUGUCAUGGAUUUCUGCACGGAAGUCGUUCAGAAUCCCAAGCGUGGUCGAUUUUGUUUCGAAUUGAGAAUGACGGCUGGCCAUAAAUCAUUCACAUUUGCAGCGGAAAAUGAGAGUGAUUUGCAGGAUUGGCUCACGAAGCUCCAGUCAAUUCUGCAGCAGAACAAAUUGCAGGAGGACAAGAGGGCUGCGUCACUGGAGAGAGCUCCUCCAGAGAGUCCUCAGACGACAGCCUUUGGAACGCUGAAGGGACUGGAGCAGAGUAUGAAUCCGCAACUAAUCAAAUACAGCCGAGAGACGGAUAUGUCUAUAGCUCAGGCGAGAAAGGAAGGUCGGAAGAGGCUGUUUGCGAGCUAUCAACUCCCUAGCCAUGUCAGCAAGAUGGUCAGAGAGGCAGAACCUUGUGAGCCAUACAAGGAGCAAUUCGGUCAGAGAAUUCUUUUGAAGUGCGAAAGUCUCAAGUUUCGUCUUCUUGCACCCACAGAAGAUGGCGAGGGUGUCAGCCAAGUGGAGCCAUACAUUACAAGUCUGGCGUUAUACGAUGCUAAAGUGGGCCGAAAACUGACGGAGAACUUCUAUUUUGACCUCAAUCAUGAAAACAUUCGUGAUGUGCUUCCAUUGAGUGGCCAAAAAGCCACCCUCGAGGGCGCUGCCCCCAUAAACGGGUCAAUGAAACAUCACCCAACGGAGAAUGGGAGUGAUGCACUGCAUAAAGUUCCAACAGAGUGGAUUCAGUAUCCACGAGAAGCGAUUCUCAGUGUCACAUCGCCGAAUCCGGACAUUUUUCUUGUAGUGAAAAUCGACAAAAUCCUCCAGGGUGGAAUUAAUCAGUCCACUGAGCCGUAUUUGAAAGCCAACAAGGAUCCAAAGGUGGGUGGAAAGGUGCAGAGAAGUGUGAAAGCGUACAGUCAGAAGAUAGGACAUUUCCGCAUGCCAUUCGCGUGGGCGGCGAGACCACUUUUUCGCCUCUACAGCAGUGAUCUCGAUGUUGCCAUCGAUUUUCCCGCCAUUUAUCGGCAAGAGGGCAAUAAAUUGAGGGAUGAGGAACUUCUAAAGCUCCUGGCGGAAUAUAGAAAGCCGGACAAGUUCAGCAAAUUGACUGUGAUACCGGGGUGGCUGAAGAUUCACAUUGAGCCCAUCACAGAGUUACCAAAUAACUGUCUGUCGACGACUCUGGCUCCACUGAAGCCCUUUCCGGUGCCACCGACGAAGGAUCCAACCCUGGAGAUUAGUGAAUUCUCUGGCGCGAGUGAGAGGGACGCUUAUCCUUUUGCCAACUUCCAAAAUCACUUGUUCAUCUAUCCACUGAGUCUGAACUUUGAUAGUCAGAAGCUCUUCUCGAGGGCCCGAAACAUUGCCGUGUUGAUUGAGUUGAGAGAUAGCGAUGCCGAAGGAGCCAAAGGACUCUCAUGCAUUUAUGGACGUCCUGGUCAGGGAAAAUUCGUAAGUCAAGUCUCCUGUCCAGUUCUCCAUCACAACACGUGUCCGACUUGGUAUGAGGAGAUAAAAUUGAAGAUUCCUCUGCACAUUACAACACAACACCACAUCCUGUUCUCCUUCGUGCAUGUGUCUUGCGACUUGGGUAAGAAGAAGGAGAAUAAUUCUUUCGAGACUCCAGUUGGAUACGCAUGGCUUCCACUUCUGACAAAGGGAAAGAUUAAUGUUGAGGAGCAAAUAAUUGCAGUAGCAGCAACUCUUCCCACUGGAUAUCUAGCCAUUCAGCCUCUGGGUCUGGGAAAAGGGCAGAACGCUGGUCCCGAGAUCCAAUGGAUUGACAAUCAGCGUCCACUGUUUGCCGUGACAUUCCGCCUGGACUCCACUGUCCUGACAACUGAUCAGCAUCUGCACAAUCUCUUUGCUCACGCUGAGCGCUUGCUGGAGCAGUUGAAGCCAUCAGCCAUCCCAGCUGAAUCGGAAACGUGCAAGAUUCUGAAGGCCGCUCAUGCGAUUCAUGCCACGACUGUGAUAACAUUCCUGCCGACAAUCCUGAACCAACUGUUCAUGGUGCUGGUGAACACAUCGAGUGAGGAGAUUGGCCUCAACAUCAUCCGUCUGCUGGUGAAUUUGAUCCACAUGGUAGCCGAGGAGGCGGGCAGGAAGGAGUUGCUGUUGUCGUACGUGAAGUACGUCUUCCAUUCGCCAAGUUUCGGCGGCAAGAUGUCCGGAGGGAGUCCCAGUGCUAGGAAUACCGUCCAUUGUGAGCUCUGUCGACAUCUACCGAAAUUGUUACAUCCCAACAACACAGAUUUCCUUAUUGUGAACAAAUUCAUGAGAUAUUCUGGAAUAUUUUUCGACAUCAUAGUGAAGAGCAUGGCACAACAUCUGCUGGACACAUCGAGGAUAAAGAUGCAGAGGAAUGAACGAUUCCCCAAGGAAUUCCAUGCUACUCUGGAGUCCCUGUUCCAAGUGUUGAUACCCUACAUAAUCUCCCGCCAUAAGGAUCUCGUGGUGGAGACUCAGGCACUCAACAGGAGUCUGUCGACAUUCGUGAAGAAGUGUCUAUCAUUCAUGGACAGAGGCUUUGUUUUCAAGCUCAUCCGACUGUAUAUGGACAGAUUCUCACCUGGAGAUCCCCGGACGUUGCAAGAAUUCAAAUUUGCCUUCAUGCAGGAAGUGUGUUCGCAUGAACACUACAUUCCACUGAAUCUACCUUUCAUCUUGAGUCCGAAAAAUCGUCCAGAAAUCUUGCAACACUUCACUUUGAGCGAGGAAUAUUGUCGACAACACUUCCUGGCCGGACUGUUGUUGCAAGAGGUGAAGAGUGCUCUGAAUGAGGUGGCAAAUACAAGGAGAAUGGCUCUGGGAACCCUCAAGGAGCUCCUGGCAAAGCAUGAUCUCGAUGAUAGAUACUUUGGAAAGGGGAAAAUUAGUCGGAUUGCAAUGAUUUACAUUCCAUGGAUGGGAAUUGUGCUGGAGAACCUUCACAGAAUUAGUGACGGAAGCGAAAGGACGGGACACUUUAAGGGAGAUAUCAACAGGAUUUCUUCGAGUAGUAGCUAUGUUUUCUCCAGAGAUACCUCAGGACUCAAUGGAGUGCACAAUAAUUCCUCUGCCAGCACACCAAAGGCGAGAAAUCGUCUGACACUACACGUUGAGCAUCCAAGUCCUUUCAGGGCUUCACUGCAUCUGCGGGACACGACUUAUUUCGCUGCGAUUGCUGGCCAGAGUCUCACCAAUGGCCAUUCAACCACUUCACUGGAUUCUGAGUGUUCCAGCCUAUCUCAGGACACCACAGUGAUCAGGAAUGUAGAGAACAGCAGUGAUUCUUCAUCCAAGAAGGGCCACAAUCGAUCGGUUUCCGUGACACAGCCAACUGCUCUGCCCAGAAGUGAUAAAUUUACUCAAGUGGAGACGAAGGACAUGCUGAUUUGCUUCCUGUUUGUUGUGAAGCACAUUUCUCAGGAGCAAAUGACAACUUGGUGGCAGAAUUGCACGGAAACUGAGACCAUUGGUUUCUUCACGAUAUUGGAAAUGUGCUUGGUGCACUUCAAGUAUGUGGGGAAGAAGAACAUCGUUCUUCAGGAUCCGGUGAAAGAGGCGAGGAGUCAUCGAUCAGCCAAAGCGAGCACUCUUCCAGCCAGAAUGCAACCACCAAAUGGAGAGGUUUUGAGUCAUGAAACUGGAACGAUGACGCAUGGAAAUAGGGAAAAUCUCGUGGAGGAGACUGUGAGGUCUCAGCAAGCGCUAAUCGAGAGCAACAUGGCCACAGAGAUAGGAAUGAUUGUCCUGGAUUGCAUGGGACUGUACACAGUUCAGUUCAGGAAUUCUAUCAUAGACGGAGCCGUUCUGCCCAAGUUGGCUCAAGUUUAUCUGCGGUUUCUUCAACUGGGACAAUCUGAGGCACUCAGCAUGCAUGUUUUCUCAGCUUUGCGAGCGUUUAUCAACAACUUUUCGCCAGCUCUAUUCCGUGGCACUUCACUAAUGUGUGGACAACUCGUCUAUGAAUUGCUUAAAUGUUGCGAUAGCCGCUUGGCAAAUGUUCGACAGGAGUCCUGUGCUGUUUUGUAUCUGCUGAUGAGAAGCAACUUUGAGUUCAGUGGACGCAAAGCACUGACGCGAGUUCAUCUGCAAGUUAUCAUAUCUGUUUCGCAGAUGAUUGGGAAUGUUAUUGGGCUGAAUAAUGCCCGUUUUCAGGAGUCUCUCUCUUUGAUAAAUAGCUACGCAUCCAGUGACAAGGCGAUGAAGGGAACGGGAUUCCCUCUGGAAGUUAAGGAUCUCACGAAGAGAGUGAGAACUGUGUUGAUGGCAACGGCUCAGAUGCAAGCCCAUCAAAUGGAUCCCGAGAGACUUCUCGAGUUGCAACUGUCUCUGGCCAAUUCCUAUGCUUCCACGCCGGAGUUGAGGCACACUUGGUUGGUAACAAUGGCCAGGAAUCAUGAGCAACAUGGGAAUAUCUCUGAAGCCGCAUGUUGCAAUCUUCACAUCGCUGCUCUGAUGGCUGAGUAUUUGCGACUGAAAGGAGGGGGAUUCAUCUCGUAUGGGGCAGAAUCUUUUGCUAAGAUCUCAAGGAAUAUACCCAGAGAUGAGAGAGGAUUGAAACUGGACAGUGGCGCACAGGACUCUCAAUACACUGAGCAGAUGCUCCUGGAUCAGCUGAAGGAGUGCGCUGAGUAUCUUGACAGGGCUGAGAGAUUUGAGUGUCUGGGAGAACUCUAUCGCUUGAUCAUCCCAAUUCUGGAGAACAGGAGAAAUUAUUAUGAUUUGGCGCACAGUUAUGAGCACUUGGCGAAUGUCUAUAACAAAAUCAUUGACGUCAAUAAGUCUGGUCGAAGACUUCUUGGGAGAUUCUACAGAGUGGCGUUCUUUGGACAGUUGUACUUUGAGGACGAUAAUGGCAUUGAAUAUGUCUAUAAGGAGCCAAAAUUGACUUCCCUCAGCGAAAUUUCCGAGAGACUCCAUAAACAAUACAAGGAUAAAUUUGGCUCUGACGUGGUUAAGAUGAUUAUGGAUUCUUGUCCGGUGGACGUCAAUGAGUUGGACCCUAAAAUGGCAUACAUUCAAGUCACACACGUUAUUCCGUACUUCUGCAAGGACGAAUUAGAUGACAGGCAGAAUGAAUUUGAGCAGAAUCAUGAUGUUGAUACUUUUAUGUAUGAGACGCCAUUCACAAAGAACGGUUCGGCUCGCGGAAAUGUUGAGGAUCAGUGGAAGAGAAGAACAGUGCUAACAACUCAAUACUCAUUUCCUUACGUUUUGACGAGAAUUCCAGUGAAGAGUCGCCAUGUGACCGAAUUGACACCGAUUGAGGUGUCGGUGGAUGAGAUGCAGAAUCGCGUGGCUGAACUUGAAGAAGUGGUUUUACCGCCAAUUGACCUGAAGAAGCUUCAACUGAGGCUGCAAGGAAGUGUGGCAGUUACGGUGAAUGCUGGUCCUUUGGCGUACGCUUCUGUUUUCUUGGACCCGAAGACUAACGACAAAUUUCCCUAUGAACGCGUGGAAGAUCUGAGAGAAGUCUACAGGGACUUUAUGAGAGUCUGCUACACAGCUCUACAGAUCAAUGGGCGCCUCAUCAUGUCGGACCAGAAGGAUUAUCACAAGGAAUUGGAGAGGAACUACCAGAAUCUCUGUUCAGCACUCACUGAUCUCUUGGAUGAAUCAUUCUUCCCAUCAGAUGAAACCAAUUCCGCUCAUCGCACAAGCUUAGCUCUAUUCUCUGCCAUAAGUGGAGCUCCGAACAAUUCGAGUUCUGCAUAAAUUUUCAAAUUUUCUCAGUUCUUUUCCUAGAGGAAAAAUUCUCACUGAAUCGAAAGAAACGCACACAAUUUAGCCAAUACACAGUAAUCGAAUUAGAAUAUUUCCGCCAAUAUGUGUCUAUGCUGAAUAUUGGUCUUAUAGAAGAAAUUAUGCUAAAAAUAAUAUGAAAUAAUUGGAAAUAAUCGAAGAAGUAGCAUCAAAAUGCGACACACUGUAGCUAGAUAAUUCGGUGGAGCUCAAACGAUGGUUUCGUUUUUUAUGCAAAGCGGAUUUGUGUGUCCUUUUGUAAUUUUAUACAAAAUUUCAUACCGAGAAUUUUAUACAAUUUCGGCAUUGCUAGUGGAAAUUGAAUGUAGGGAAGUUCUGUGUGUUUUAGAGAAAA